UUCUCAGUUAGUCUUUUAUAUGGAGGGUUUACUGUACUGUAUUUUAGUGCUGUGUUGCAUUAUUUUCCAGUUGAUCCAAGGGUCUCCAUCUGAGUCUGAAGUCAAAGAGGACGAUGACCUGAGUGACCCAGGUGAGGGAAGAGAUGAGGAUCAGCGGGAUGGAACUUCGCCACAACCUCCACUUGGCUCAGGGGCUAAACGUAAACGUAAAAAAAAGAAGAAGAGAGGCAGAAUGCGAGUCCCUGCCAGCAGUGAAGAUCCAACAGAUAAUGAUAAAGAUGAUAUAGAUAAUAUCAUUGAAGAAGUAAAUGCCAUCUCCGGUGAAACUCACAUACAAGUCAGUGUUGAGAAAACCACAAAUAAUAAAGCCACCCGAAAUCUACUGUUGGUGGAACAUAAACACCUGAACCCCCAGAACGAAAUGAAGCGGAUAUUUGGCUCAAAGGUUGUGCAAGCUUAUGAAAACAACAAACGUCGUGGUAGAACUGGUAGAUCAAUAAGGUCAUCGUGGAUUGUUCAAGGACAUCCACAUUGGGCGCAUCAUCCUCGACCAGGUAUAUCCAUGGUUGUGGCUGAGUCAACACCAUCCUAUCCUGUGUUCAAGUAUGUCCAUAGUCAAGCGUAUCAGCAGUUCCAGUUCAAAUUUCUUGAAGCUGUUGAAUCUCUCAAUCCUGAAAACAUUAUGACUCUUCUUAACCAUGAACCCUUCCAUGUGGAUACUCUUCUUCAAGUCUCUGAAAUAUUUCGGCUUGGUGAUGAUUCUGCCAUGGCUGCUCAGCUAAUAGAGAGAGCACUCUAUGUAUUGGAGUCUGCAAGUCACCCAUUGUUUAAUAUUGCUACUGGGGUCUGUAGGCUGCAGUACCGUCAACAGGAAAAUAGGAGCUUAUUUAUUGCGCUGUUCCGGCACAUCCUGAAUGUAGGACAAAAAGGAUGUUAUCGCACAGCUCUGGAAUUGUGUAAACUGCUGCUGAACCUCUCUCCUGAUGAUGAUCCUCUGGCUGUCUCUCUUAUGAUAGACUUUUAUGCCCUCCGUGCCCAGGAAUAUGAAUGGCUUGUUGCACUCUUCGACUUGUAUGAACCUUCUAAAAAUCUUUCAAUGCUGCCAAGUUUUGCCUUCUCUGUUCCUCUGGCACUGUUCCAUCUAAGUGUUGGUGUGGAUCAGUCAUCAGCACGGGACAAACGAGAAUUAGUCAAGGCAGCAGCAUUGGCUGAAGAAUUGGGUACCCCAGAAGAGAUGCGGAAACGGGCUGACACGAUGAUACAGAAGGCUCUGAUUAUGUUUCCUGGUGUACUGGUUCCUCUACUUGAUAAAUGUAACAUUCAGCCAGAUCCUGUCGUUGCUAGUCACGCAUUCUUUGGUCCAAGAGCACAAAUAGAACAGAGUAAAGGCCUGAGUCAGAUUGUCAGCCUUUAUGUGGGCCGCUGUUUUCAUGUUUGGAAAGAGGCUGGCGUCAUGACCUGGCUAGAAGAGAAUGUGCAGAUUGUCCCAGCUCGUAUAGACAGUGGUGACCCGAUGGUGAAGGAAGGAGAAGAGAUACGUAAAACAAGAUACCAGGGCACACCUAUGGCAAUUUACCGCCACAUCCUUAUGGCAGAAAUCAAACAUGCUACUGCAACUCUACCUGCAGCCCUUGCUAAUACUCCAGUAAUGAGUUACGACCCUUUGCCACCCCCUGACUCUAUCUGUGGCUAUAAUAGACCUCCGUCAUCCAACCAGCCAGUGAAUAAUUCAUCAAGUAUUUUGGCUUCGUUCUUCCGUUCACUUCUACCCAACUACGAUCCAAAUGCUCCAGAGGUUGGGACUGAGGAAGGCGCAGCAGCAUUAGAGGAAGCAGGAGCAGAGGAAGAGGUACGAGCUGUUGGAGACCUCAGAGCUUCAGUCAACACACUUCUAGAUGCUAUGCGUGAUCUUCUAUCAAAUAUACACCUCCCUGAACCACCAGGAAAUGAGGCUGACAUGUCAGAGGAAGAAAAUAAUGAAUGGGACUGAAUUGUAGAAAAAUUUAUAAAUUUACUACUGUAUAUCUGGAAAAAGGAAAAAUAAGAGAUACGGGUUGAUUCACAAAUACCCUGGGACUUGACAUUAGAUUGCAAUGUAGAUUGUCUCGUAUAGAUUGUCUCGUACAGUAUAGUGUCACUUAACCCUUUGACUGUUUUCAGCCAAUGUUUCUGACGUAUAUAUACUCAAUAAUUCUAGCGGCUUCAAAUCAAGCGGGAGAAAGCUGGUAGGUCCACAUGUGAGAGAAUGGGUCUGUGUGGUCAGUGUGCACCACAUAAAAAAAAUCCUGCAGCACACAUUGCGUAAUGAGAAAAAAAACUGAUCGUUUUUUUGGAAUAAAACGCCGACUUUGAGGUGUAUUUUCGUAUAGUAUUUAUCGUUGUAUUCGUGUUUUCAUGGUCUUAGGUGAUAAAAUGGAAAACAUAUUACAGAAAUAGAGAUGAUUUUCAUUACUUUGACGAUGAAAACGACCUUGAAACUGAGCUCAAAGUAGCGGAAAUGUUCGAUUUUUACCAAUGUUCAGGAGUAAAUAAAUCACACCACACAUCCAGUACACAUCAACUGGGGAGUCUAAUAUUCUUUCACUAGUGCACUGAUAUUAUUUAUACCAUUUUUACAAUAAUGCAAUAGUCUGCAUAACAGUAAAUUUUGUAUUUUUUUGUAUGAAUAAAAAAUCAAAAUAGAAAGCAAUAAUAAUAUAAGAGGGGCCUAGAGAUGUGACUAAUGAACAGAGCAUAUGUUAUUUUAGUGCCACGAAUGUCUACCUUGUUUAUUCUGGACCCUAUUUUAAAAUUGGCAUCUUUUUUAGUUUGCGUGAAAUUGGCCAAAUUGCCAAUUUCUGACCACCAUAUUGGGUAGUCCAAAUUAGUAAAUGGGAGGUUUCUUGUACUCAUCUGAUAGAUAAAAUGGAGUUCUAAAGAAAUAGCUAUGAGUUUGGUCAACUGGAACAAUGGAAUUGGCUGAAAAUAGGGCUCAAAGUCGGCGAAAUCGCCGAUACACAUGUCGCCGAGACCGCUAACUUCGCGGGAGCAUAAUUCCAUGAGUUUUUGACCAAAUUUCGAACUUUUGGUGUCAUGACCAUCGGGAAAAGAUUCUCUAUCAUUUCAUAAGAAAAAAAUAAUUUUUUUUUUUUUUUUUUUUUUUUCAAAAAUUGAGCGACAUAGAAUGACAAUUUCAGAAAGGGGCCUGAAACAGUCAAAGGGUUAAUAUGGAAUUUAAAUUGUUUAUACUGUAAUUUUUUUUUUUUUUUUUUUUUACUUUUUUUGAAAGUAGUGUAGCUAAUAAGUACAUAUUGAUUCACAUAUUUAUUAUCACACAUGUACAGUACUUAGAAUGAAAUCCUGACAUUGUUUUUCUACACAUUUUAUAUCUAAUUUUUUAACACGUUUACAGUUUUAAUGUCCCUAUAUGAAUGGACUCUUUCAAGGGCAAAACUAACCACAUUUGACUUUGUCCAUAAUAAAACAAUAAUUGCUACAUAUUAUUAUUAUUAUAAUCAAGGGGGAAGCGCUAAACCCGGAGGAUUAUACAGCGCCUGGGGGGGGAUGUGGAAGGCAUUCAGGCUUAAUUCAGGGAACUGGAGCACAGAUCCAAUUCCCUAAAUCAAGAGCUCCUAAUUGCUACAUAGCCUUGUCAUGUCAUGUACAGAUAAUCACUGUUAAAGAUGUUUAAGAUUAAAUGAUGGUUUCAUUUUGACUUUAAGACUCCUGGUAUGUUUAUAGCAGAAUUAAUGAUCUCGAUGGUUACAAGUGGGUAGUUAGAGUUUAUUGCCAGCAAAUAUAAGAGAAGCCCAGGAUGAGACCACCAGUGCCUAACAACCUAUCUUCAAAUAUUUUCAAAUUUGGUAUAGAAGGUUAUCUUCUAUUAUCUAAAUUUUAGCUCAGUUUGACCUAUAAGUCAUUUUGAAGGUGACAGGACAAUAAGCAUUUCUUUGGAAAAAUCAUAACUUGUGUAAUAAUCAUCAUUUCCCUAUGAAACCAUACAUAUUUUAAAUUGGUAGAUUAUACAGACUCCAUUAC